AUCCCCUCGUUCCCAACCAAAACCCUCGGCGGCAUUGUUGAUAAUAAUAUUUACUCCCAAAGAACCUCCCACAGAGCCUCUCUCUCUCUCUCUCUCUCUUAAAACCCUUUUCAUUUCUCUCUUUCUCAGACUUCUCUCUCUCUCUCUAUCUCUCUCUCUCUCUCUCUCAAGAAAGGAAUGGAAACUGGUCUGGACCCAGGUGCGCGUUUCAUGGUGGAUGACCUUCUCAACUUUACUUUGGACGCUGGCGACAAAACCCUCACAACCCUUUCUUCUUCUUCUUCGCUGGAGUCUUCCAACCCAGACCCUCAUCAUCAUCAAAGCCUCUCCUUCCCUGAGGAAAUUGCAGAGGAAGAACUGGAAUGGUUGUCGAACAAAGACGCAUUCCCGGCGGUGGAGACUUGCCUUGACAUUCUCUCCGACAACCCCGGCAUUGUUCUGAACCACAACAGCCCCGUAUCGGUGCUUGAAAACAGCACCACCAGCACUAGCAAUAGCACCACCACCAUCACAAGUUGCUGCGGCGGUGGCAUUCUAGUCCCCGUCCGUUACCCAGUUAAAGCAAGAAGCAAGAGGCCGCGUCGUGGGUUUUUUUCAGGCUUACCCAGUCAGCAAUCUUGGUGGAGCCAAGCAAAUUUCAAGAAUAUCAAACAAGAAUUGGCACCAGCAGCUGCAGCAGCAUCACCACCACAAAGUGCCACCACAACAAUUGGGAGAAGGUGCCAGCAUUGUCAUGCGGAGAAGACCCCACAGUGGCGAGCGGGUCCAAUGGGGCCAAAAACAUUGUGCAAUGCUUGUGGGGUACGGUACAAGUCGGGGAGGCUUGUCCCCGAGUACCGCCCUGCGAGCAGUCCAACGUUUUCGAGCUUGAUGCAUUCAAAUUCUCACCGGAAAGUAAUGGAGAUGAGAAGGCAGAAGCAAAUGGGAGGGAUGGUUUUUAAUGAAGCCUGUGGAUAUAGGGUAGGAUAGUGGUGAUGGGUAGUUUUUUUUUUUUUUUUAAAUCUUUUUUUUGGGUCUUUUUUAGUUUAGUUAGAUUAGGAAUUAGGGUUUGUUGUAAUGGGCUAGAUUGUUAAGUUAACUACAUUCUGUUUUGUCUACAAAAUCCAGCAGGGGAAUUUUGACUUUAGUGUGCUUGGUUAUGCAUUAGCAUACAAAACCUGAAAAAAGAUUUGGUUACGGUUUUGGCCAUUAUUUAUACUGUUUGUUUGAUUGCUUGGAAGUUGGUAUGGAGAUGAUGAAAUUGUGGAAAAUUUGGAAUGCUCAUAUGCGGGUUUUGGUGACUUUUGAAAGGCAGAACUGGCUAUCAUGUUUUGUUAUCUGAGCUAACGUAAAACCGAUGGCUAGUUGUGGAGUAGUUUUUGAUUGACUACUAGUUGUAAUACAUUAUCUUUUGUCGGCUGACUUGAAAUACAGAGACAGGAUAUUGUAAGUUUUAACUGUUAUCUUACUGUUGCUUUCUAUUGAACUAGUUGUUUGUUUUUCCUUUGUAAUCUCUUUUGCUUGUUAUCAUCUUCAAUGCGUGUAAUGGAUUUUGCUUCGUGCUUUCCUCAA